AUGGCUCCACGAAACGGAAAUGCCGGCGACGGCAAUGGAGAGGGGAUCCUGGGCUCCGUGGCCCGGUUCUGGACUCACUCCUAUGCCCCCGAUUAUGUCGGCUUCGCCGGCUUGCUGACGGCCUACAUGCUCAUCCAGUUCUUCGUCGAGCCGUUCCACCGCAUGUUCUUCAUCAACGACCUGCGCAUCGCCUUCCCCCACGCCGAACACGAGCGCGUUCCCGUGGCCAUGAACUUCGUCUGGGCGCUGUUCGUCCCGCUCGGCGUCAUCAUAUUCUGGAACAGCGUCACGCGCGCCUCCUUCCACAAGCACCACUCGACCGUACUCGGCUUGGCCAUCGCUGUCAUCUUGACCAGCUUCCUGACGGAUAUUGUGAAGAAUACUGUUGGCAGACCGAGGCCGGACCUGAUCGCUAGGUGCAAGCCGGAGGCUGGGACUCCGAGGGACGUUUUGGUCACCUUUGAGGUGUGUACCGAGACGGAUCACCACACACUUCAUGAUGGCUGGCGUUCCUUCCCAUCGGGGCACUCCAGCUUCAGCUUUGCCGGCCUGGGGUACACGGCGUUCUUCUUGGCCGGGCAGCUGCGCAUCUUCAGGGACAAGAAAGACCUGGGCCGUGCUCUCUUCUGCCUGGCGCCUCUCGUGGGCGCGGCAAUGAUAGCCAUCAGCCGGUGCCAGGACUACAGGCACGACGUGUAUGACGUCUGCACCGGCUCAGCCCUUGGUCUGGUGGUCGGGUUUUGGAGCUAUCGCAGAUACUGGCCUCGGCUGGCCAGCCGGGACUGCGACACCCCCUACCCCACGCCGGGCACGGAACUGGAUGAGAGAGACGAGAGAGGCUGGCGCCGGGUGCGAGAUGAGGAAGAGGGCCCGAUUUUGGGGAGGAGCGUUGAUUGA